AUGUCUAUGACUGACAAGGUCAUCGCUGUUACUGGCGGCGCCAGCGGCAUCGGCCUCGCCACUGCCAAGAUGCUCGCCGACCGCGGCGCCAUCGUCUGCAUCGCCGACGUCGACGUGACCGCCCUCGAAACCGCCCAGGCCUUCUUCCAGUCCCAGAGCCCGACGGGGACCGCGGAACGGUUCUCUGUCACGCGCGUGGACGUCUCGGACCGCGCAGCGGUGGACGGCUGGAUCCAGGGCAUCGUGGCGCUCUUCGGGCAGCUCGACGGCGCCGCCAACGUCGCGGGCGUGAUCGGCCGGAGCCACGCGGCGGGCACGCUGGCGGACCUCGAGGACGACGAGUGGGACAGGCUGAUGAACGUGAACCUCAAGGGGUGCAUGCACUGCCUGCGCGCGGAGCUGCGCAGCAUAGUGGACGGCGGGUCCAUCGUCAACGUUGCCUCGAUCCACGGCACCAACGCAAUGGCGCUGCAUGCCGCGUACGGCGCGAGCAAGCACGGCGUGGUGGGCCUGACGAGCGCGGCGGCAAAGGAGAACGGCGGCCGGGAGGUGCGAGUCAAUGCGGUCGCGCCGGGCGCCAUCUACACGCCGAUGAUGCAGCAGUCGCUGGUCCAGCUGGGACUGGAUCCGGCCGAGCCGGCGAGUGAUUUGAGCGCGAUCAGGCGACAGGGACGGCCGGAAGAGGUGGCGUCGGUAAUUUGCUUCCUGCUGGGGCCGGAGAGCAGCUACGUCACGGGGGCGGUGUAUCCGGUGGAUGGGGGCUGGCUUUAG